AUCCUCGGCAGCGAAACAGCAGCUCUCUAGAGUAAAACCCCAUCUUAGUGUUAAACCAAAGAAUCUAAACCCUAAUAAGCUUUACUGAGCUCAUCUCUAUCAACAAUUUCAAAAUUGUUCCGGAAAAAUCUUAAGAUUAGUUCACCAGCAUCAUCAACUUCAGUGAAUAUUCUUCUUUUUCCAUUGUUAAGCACAACCCCUUUUCACAGCACCAUCGGAUGGUGGCCAUAACUAGUGAAGAAACGGAGAUUGAAGUAUUACAGUGUUCAGUGGAGAACACCACCUCUCUUCAAGAUUCUGAUGGUGAUUAUGACCAGGAAGAGGAAGAAGAAGAAGAAGAAGAAGAUGAUGAGGAAGAAAUACCUGUUACUCUAGGUUUCGUCGAGCAACCGAAGAAUCCUAAUUCCCUUCUUCCUCAGUUUUUUCCUAGCAAGGCAGGAGGAACACCUGCUUGGUUAGACCCAGUUGAUUUACCAUCAGAAAAAUCUCGUAAUUGUGGCAUUUGUGGAGAUCCUCUACAGUUCUUGCUUCAGGUUUAUGCUCCGAUAUCUGGAAAGGAGUCGACAUUCCAUCGAACAUUGUUUGUGUUCAUGUGUACAUCAAUGACCUGCCUUCUUCAAGACCAACACCAGCAAUGGAAACGGCGACCAGAAAAGCAGUGCAGAAGUGUGAAGGUUUUUCGGUGCCAGCUACCCCGGUCAAAUGCUUAUUACUCAAGUGAGCCUCCAAAAUUAGACAAGGCCAGCAGAUCGCCUAGAGUUGGAGCUCUACUCUGUAAUUGGUGUGGUACAUGGAAAGGAGACAAGGUUUGCAGUGGUUGCCGGAAUGCACGCUAUUGUUCUGAAGCACACCAGAAAGUCCAUUGGCUAAAAGGGCAUAAAAAAGACCACCAACAGAUGAAUAUCUCAUCUCAAUUUUCAGAGUCCAGCACCAGCAAUGGGAAAACCACUUCAAACCAAGCAGUUGUAACUCGCAAAUUCCUCUGGACAGAGUUCGAAAUCUCUCAUGAAGAUGAGGCUGAAUAUGAAUACGAUACUGAGGUAUCUGAAAACGAUUACUCAAGCUCAUUGGUUGUUCCAAAAAAAAAGGAUGAAGCUGUUGAAGCAAUGAUGGGCGAUUUUGAGGGCGAUGAUGAUAGAAGAAGUUGGACUUCUUUUCAAGUGCGCGUUGGUAAAGCACCUGAGCAAGUAUUAAGGUAUACUCAAGACUCAAAGGCAAAACCACUUUGGCCCAUGGCAAGUGGACGUCCUUCUAAAGUUGAUAUUCCAAAAUGCAACUACUGUUUUGGCCCUCUAUGUUUUGAGAUGCAGAUUUUGCCACAGCUGCUGUAUUUCUUACGUGUGAAGAACGAUGUAGACUCACUUGAUUGGGCAACGAUAGCUGUGUACACAUGUGUAGAUUCUUGUGAAACAAGUGUUGCCUAUAAGGAGGAAUUCGCUUGGGUUCAGCUCAAUUCUCAAACAACUACACCACCAUGAGCAAUUCUUUGCCAAGUUUUAUUCCUUACUCCAUUGCCUAGAGCCUCAUAUUUCUUGGGCCCACUUUUUUAAAAUUUUCUUAAAUAUGUCCAGUGUCAUGUUUUAUAGUUUUAUACUAUGCAUUGAUAUGGUUGUGAACUAAAUUAGAUGUAAAAAGAUUAAGAAUUUGAUGAUUUUGGUGGGACAAAAAACAUGGAAUCAAAGGUAACUCUAUGAAAAAGUGGGAGGAUAUUGCUCAGCCCAGCUUUAGGAGGUCUAAACAUACAUAAAGCAAGCAGUUAUUC